GCAAUCCAUCGCUCCUCUUCGCGAGGACGUUGAAGGGGAUCAAAAGGACACAGCAGGAUGCAGAGUAACGACGACAUCAUUCUGGAGAUCCUCCAGGGUCAGAGGACUGCAAAAUGGCCUAAAGCUAAGGUUGUUAAGAUCUUCGUCGCCAGCGACAAGAAAGAUUUCGUCGAGGAACGUCGCCUAUUGUUGGAGUUUGUCGGCCCCGAGUUGCAGAUCAUUUGCGAUGAGUAUCAGAUCGAGGUCGAGAUUGUCGACAUGCAUUUCGGUGCAUCUGAAAGAGACGGCCUGUGCCCUAGAACUCUCGAGGACCAUCUAUCCGAGAUCAAGAAGUGCCACGAGGUAUCAAGGGGUUGCUUUUUCAUUUCGCUAAUCGGGAGCAGCUACGGUCAGUGUUCGGUGCCGGCGAGGAUUGAGGAUGAGCUCUUUUCUGAAUUGGUUAAAGAGGACGACGCAGCAGCGGAUAUUCUCAGGAAAUGGUACAUUAAGGACGGCGACUGCUAUAACAUUAAGGAUUACGGGAAAUUGGAACUUCCGGAAUGGAAGGUUGCCACCGAUGAGAUAAUCAACGCGUUGCGCGCAGCAGGAGGUGUUAUCGAAGACAAGGAAGCCGUCGUCCGUCUGCUCAGAUCAACUGUGGAACAUCAAUUCAACUACGCUAUUGAAUUGAGCGAAGGCGCCGCACAUCGCAUGGUGAACAUAAUUAGGGAGUUCCAUUACGAACACGGACAUCGCGAUGCGACGGCGAAACAUUCGCGCAGGGAUUCCGAAACUUUCAAGGCUAAUGUCAACUCGCUCAUCCCUGAAGAAAAUCAAUGCCACUUCACGGUGCCCUACAAGGGAGACGGCAGCAUCGAUCCCGACGAUGAAGAUCACGAAAUUUAUCUGAAUAAAUUCAAAAGCAUGAUCUUCAAGAAACUACAAAUGCUAGUCAAGAAGAGCGUCAAGGAAGAUCCCGACCUCAAAUCACGCAAGAAGAUUGUUGAGGAAAAUUUCCAAGAGAACAUAACACACUUAACGAUGAACUACGAAGAUGUCAAGAUGGAUUUCUCGAACUCAGAUAUAGUGAACAGAAUAAAGGAAAUAGUUAAGGGCACUACAGAUUCCCGACAUAAUCCAAUUGUAAUUUACGGACAGACGGGGACAGGGAAAACGUCGCUUGUGAAAACGUUGUACAGAGAUUUUGCUUCGUGGUUCGAUUGCAAACUAUUACGUAUAGUUAGAUACAUUUCAAGCACUCCGCGUUCUGCAUACAACCUGGAGUUGUUGCGUGUAAUUUGCCAGCAAAUAUGCAUCGCACUUAAAUUGCCGGAAGGAUUUCUGCCUAAAGAUGCUUCGUUUGAUCCACUAUACAUUAACAACUGGUUCCAAAGUUUGUUACGCAUCUUCGAGGAUAUGAACCAGAAGCUAGUAAUAUUCAUCGAUGAUCUGCAUUUAUUGAAUACCCUGGAUACGGAUCCUGGAUCUGGUUUGAACUGGCUGCCAAUCAGCUUGCCGAGAAAUUGUUUCCUGAUCUGCACAACAGGAGUGGAAUUGGAUGCAAUGCGGUUAACAGCCGUACAGAAGGAUCGAAUGAAGAAUCCUGAUUGUUAUUUGGAGCUGCCGAUGGCGGAUGAUUCUCUCAGCGAUCAAGUGGAAAGCGCGUUCGAUGAGUUGGAGAGCCUUUUUGGAAAACCUGCCGUGGCCCGAUUAUCAGCUCUUCUCACCUGCUCUGAAUACGGCUUCACCGAAACCGAACUUCUAGAGAUACUGAUGCCAACCAGCAGCAACGUGUCCGUCAUUUCUUUGGAGAAUGCCAACUUCAAUUUCUCCACUUUCUGCACAAUCCGCCGGAAUAUGAAACCUCUGCUGCACGAGAAAGUGAUGAACGGGAAAUUGAUAAUCGAAUGGCGGCACUGGAAUAUUAAGGGCGUCGCAAGAAAGCGAUAUCUGCAAAAUCAGGAGACCAUCCGGAAUACUCAUACAGAUAUUGCUAAUAUAUUUUUCAAUGAGUUCUGCGAAGAGGAGACGAGCGAAUCCGAAGAUGAACCCGCUCCCCUUCGGUCCGACGUUAAAGAGACACCAUUCCAAUCGACGAUACGCUCGGAUGUGACAUAUAGCACAAGGCACAUCGAGGAAUCCUGGAUUCACUUCCUCAAGUCCGGGGACCUGGCGAAGCUCAAGGGCUUCACUCUAUGCAAUUACGAUUUCUUGUUGGCAGUUGUACACACUAUCUCGAUUAGCUACAUGCGGUGCAUCUUGGAGCACGUCAGGUGUUACAUAUUAGAUAGAGAAAUCGAAUUGGUUUACCAUGCUAUACGAAAGGCCACCGAUAUCCUAACAAAGGACACCUAUCAACUGGGGACACAGAUUAUUACUUGGUUGAGGCCGGUUACGGAUCGUAGCAGCAGUGGAGGCCUAAUGAACUCCCUCGUCACGGCAGCCAUGGCUUGGUGCGAUGGCUUCACCCUUCCGUUGGUCGUUCCAUUGACCGAUUGGCUUCAACCCCCGCUUCCAUCGCAUUCCAGAACCAUCAAUACUCCACAAGUCUACCUAGUCGAAUCCACCCCUAAUGGACAACAUGUCAUUUGCUGCGCCGACAGCGACCCACAGCUAUGGCAUAUCAUGACCAACCAACUAGUGCACACCUUCAAAGGUCAUAGUGGGAAGGUGAUUUGUAUGGCGGUAACUAGGCAGUCGCAGUAUUUGCUGACCGGAUCCGAGGAUACCAGUAUUAUUGUGUGGGACCUGAGGGCCCUAACAAUGACCCUGCGUAUCUUCGAGCAUAUCGCUCCGGUGCUGUGUAUAACGAGCGCCCUUAAUAACUCUGUCAUUGUCAGCGGUGGAGACGACAGCAGCAUCAUCGUGACAUCUCUGGGAAACGGUAAAUUGGUGAUGAAAAUUGAUCACCACCGAGGACCGGUGACUUCCGUCAAGGUCACAUCCGCUGGGGAUAUUCUAGUGUCUGGUAGUCAGGACGGCAAUGUUUGCUUAUGGUCGUUGGAGGAUUUCACCAUCCUGAAUACGAUUUCCCUGCAAUCCGGUGUUCGCAUGAUAGACGUUUCCAGUGAUUCGGUCUUCCUGUUAGCUUCAUGCAUGGAUAACAACUUGCAUCUAAGGACGCUGGCAACUGGGACGGAACUGCACUCCCUCGCCGAGCACAAGUCGAGGGUGAAGUCCGUGUGUUUGACCCAAGACAGUUGUAGGGCUGUCGUGGGAUGUUCCGAUGGCCGAGUUUACAUUUACGACGUCCACAGCGGGAAACUGGCGAAGACGCUGACCGGUCAGAAUGGAGAAGUCAGCGCCGUCCGGGUCACCGAGAAAGACGACUUUCUACUCACAGCAGGUGGAAAUAGGGUGCACUUUUAUCCAUUCAGAAGCGAUGACACCGUGAAGAGUUUGCUUAAGCUAAACAAAAAGUCACAGCAUCAUUUGCUGCCGCACACCGGUUACCUUACUUGCAUCGAUGUCUCCCGGGACGGCCUUUUAGCUGCUACAGGUGCGACUGACCACCUAAUAAACAUUUGGCAAUUGAACUCGCACGAACUGAUCUUGACAUUGAACUCUCACUCCGGGUCAGUUACGGCUGUUUCUUUUGCACCGAGCAGCCUGUUUGUCGCAUCCGCUUCGGAAGACAAAACCGUCAAAGUCUGGGGUUUAACGCUUGGAUCCCUGGUGUCGACAUUCAAGGGACACCAGGCACCUGUCAUAACAGUCCACGUCAUGAUGGACUCCUCUAGGAUCAUAUCCAGUGAUCGCAACGAUACUUUAUGCAUUUGGCUGGCGGAUAAUGGAAAUUUGCUACAUUCCUACACAGGUCCCAGCAACUACGUCGACGUUACAAACAACAUGAAAUACGCUCUUUGCACGAACGCGGAUAACACUUUGAAAAUCUGGUCACUGAUUAAAGACGACGAAAAGUUCCACGUCGGCCAUUCCGAGGAGAUUACGUGCUUCGUGCUGACAAUGGAUUCGCUGCACGUAAUUACAGGAUCGCGCGACAUGUCGCUCAAAGUGUGGCAGGUCUCAGGUGGAAAGCUAUCACAGGUGUUGAUAGGUCACACCGAUGCGGUUACCUGCGUAGCCGUUUCCGUAGCCGAUAAGAGCUUAAUCAUAUCGGGCUCGUGCGAUAGCAAUUUAAUCGUUUGGGAUAUUAACACCGGGGCCGACGUGCACACCCUGUCAGCUCACCUGAGUUACAUCACGUGCGUGAAGUGCUCAGGGGAUGGCAGCAUCGCAAUUUCCGGUUCCGAUGAUAAGAGUUUGAUCAUAUGGGACACCAAGCGCGGACUGCCGUUAACAUCCUUGCAGAUGCAUCUACCCAUUCUUCAAGUGGAGACGUCUUCAGACUUCUCGCGUAUAUCCGUGCUUCUGAAAGACACCCAAUACAUGCCCAUUAUCUGUCUGCACAACACGCCGGCCAAAUACGUUAAAUUACCCACCUACUGCGCUCCAGACAAAGACAUCAUCGAUAAUCCAAAGCCAGCUCCGAAGCGGCAGAUGCGACGACUGCUCAAGAAAGAGGUGUCAUUGGACACGUACACAUGGCAGAAGAAAUACGCUCAUCUCACUUCAAAUCUGGUUAUUCCGGCGGUGGAUGAGAGGUUCAAGCGACGUUUCUCCGUAUCCGCCAGCAUGGAGGAGAUCUCUAAGAUACCCCAGAAGGAUGGACAGCCGGGAUUACCAAACAAGCAGGGCUCCUUAGCGCAAUCUCAGCAUUUCGAUCAGCUCGAGGCCCUUUGGAACAAGCGGUCUCCUCCGAGGCGUAAGCUCCACCAGUCGCUGUCGAAGCAGUCGUCUCUAGCCGAAUCCCACUUGGAUUCGUCCGAUGAUGAUCACUUCUAAGGAUUCUACAUCUUAAACAUUAUAAUGAUGGUAUUGUCCCUACCCCAAACCCUACGCACACAUGUUCCCAACCCCCUCCAAGAAAGUCUUUAGUUCUAGAUGUACGGGAAUUGUUUUUCUUCAAUUGCUGCAUUAGCCUAAUACACAUAGAAGACUUGAUGUAAAACAGGAAAAUUCUUACAUAUAAAUAUAUAUUUGUAUUUAUAAGUAUAUUUAGAGGUAGGAACAGCAUCGGAGCAAAUUUCGCGUAAUGUCAAAGAUGUUUGUGUAACUUUAAAUAAAAGUGCCGCAACGUCAAGGUGCGAGCUGCUCUGGCACUUGCGACACUUUUACGUACUUUUAGGAACUGAAAUGCAAUGAUAAUCUCUCAACGGAAGUGCUUUCCAUACUUUUUCCUACUAGAAUAAAUCAUUACGCGCGCGCACACUUUCUCACCCCUCCCGUGUUGUUCUUCACUCAUUAGAAAUAACAAAGCAAUUAGCGGUAGAACUUGGGGACCGCAGGAAAAGAGUAGGAAAGUCAACAAGUUUUUAGCGACAAUCGUAGAUCGUUUAUUUUUUUCUAGUCUCAUUUAUAUAACACAUUAACAAGAUGAAAACAGAACAGAACAAAGAUCCAAUACAAAAAAAAAAGAGGAAGUCGAAAGAUAGAUAAUAAGCGCUCCUAGAUGAACGGAAAUACUAAUGAUUCCAUAUCUUUCUUCUGGACCAAGUAUGAAUAAGAACCGCUUUCUUCCGUUUAUCUUUCUCUUUCUCUUAGACGCUCCAUUCCGAUUUACUCUUGUCAAAUUGAUAAUUGAUCGGACUCAAUACACACACACAAAUGAAAGAUGACCUGAAAGCAGGACCAAAAUGGAAAACAACAAAGAACAAAUCAAUUUAGCGAACGCUUGUUUUUCUUUCUCUCGUUUCGAGUAUUGUAGGACUCUCGCUUGAGCAAUAACGUAGGAAUGAAGGAAAUCGAGGUGGAAAAUGAAAAAAUACUCCUGUGUACCUUCGCACUAGCGCACACGUCGAUUGCAUGCAUGGAUUAUGGAUGGUGCGUAAAUGCGUAUGUUAUUCAAAGACCACUACAAUUUGUUAAGAUAUAAAGAAAUACGAAAAAAAAAGAAUAUAAGAAAAUUAUAAAAUAUAUAGGUAUAUAUAUUGGAGUAUAUUUAGAGAGGAAAAGUUCAGAAAAUGCGAUGGUUUCUAUUGUCUUCGAGAUUCGUGCGUCUAUCCGUGACCCACGGAAUUUUUACUUGAGUUGCCUACUGUAUUACAUUUAUUUAUACCAUUGUGAUAUUUUUUCUUACGUAUUCAUUUAAUCUCUCUAUCAUAUUGCUCUUUGUACGCUCUAACACUCAGAAAGC